UUGCCCCACACUCUAUUUUCUUCGUCCUUCCCUCAAAUUCGGGCAGAAGAUAUAUCAAAUUUCUUCUCCAUCUAAUCGAAACUGAUAGACUCCACCCCCGUUCUGCCUUGCCGUGGCAGCACUAUCUGUCGUCAUCCAUCAUGGCGCUCGACAAUUACUACCGCAACAAGAUUGAGAGCAUGAAGCUCGAAAUCAUUCAAGGCCAGGCUGUUCUCAGACGACUUGAAGCACAACGGAACGAUUACAAUUCGCGGGUACGUCUCCUCAGGGAGGAGCUAGGCCUGCUUCAGCAACCCGGCUCCUAUGUUGGUGAGGUAGUCAAGGUCAUGAGCACCAAGAAGGUCCUUGUCAAGGUCCACCCGGAAGGCAAAUAUGUUGUGGACAUCGCCGAUGGUGUCGAUAUCAGCAAGUUGACGGUUGGAAAGCGAGUUGCGCUGUUAUCCGACUCGUACAAACUGGAAAAGAUGCUGCCGUCCUCCGUCGAUCCGCUGGUGUCGCUAAUGAUGGUCGAGAAAGUACCUGAUAGUACGUACGACAUGAUCGGUGGUCUUGACCAGCAGAUCAAGGAAAUCAAGGAGGUGAUCGAGCUGGGCUUGAAACACCCGGAGCUGUUUGAAUCGCUUGGCAUCGCACAGCCAAAAGGUGUUCUUCUCUAUGGCCCCCCGGGAACCGGCAAAACGUUACUUGCCCGAGCUGUCGCUCAUCACACCGACUGCCGGUUCAUCAGAGUCAGUGGAUCGGAAUUAGUGCAGAAGUACAUAGGUGAAGGAAGUCGCAUGGUCCGUGAGCUUUUUGUUAUGGCCCGAGAGCAUGCCCCGAGUAUCAUCUUCAUGGACGAGAUCGACAGUAUUGGGUCCAGCCGGAUAGACUCGGCGGGGUCGGGUGACUCGGAGGUACAACGGACGAUGCUGGAGCUUCUCAACCAGUUAGACGGGUUUGAACCUACGAAGAACAUCAAGAUCAUCAUGGCUACCAACCGACUCGAUAUUUUGGAUCCGGCCUUGCUGCGCCCUGGUCGUAUUGACCGCAAGAUUGAGUUCCCACCGCCGUCAGUGGAAGCUCGUGCCGACAUUUUACGGAUUCAUUCGCGGUCAAUGAACUUGACCCGAGGUAUCAACCUUACGAAGAUCGCCGAAAAGAUGAAUGGAUGCUCUGGAGCCGAGCUCAAAGGAGUGUGUACGGAGGCGGGCAUGUAUGCACUUCGGGAGCGACGUGUGCAUGUCACUCAGGAAGACUUUGACCUGGCUACUGCAAAGAUCCUCAACAAGCAUGAUGACAAGGAAGUCGCAGUGUCGAAACUCUUCAAGUAAAUGGAAGGGUGAUUAUACUAGGAUUCCCUUUCACCGCUGAUGGCUGUCCAAUAUAUAUGCCAUUCGCCUUGAGUGGGUUCUCGUCGGGGCUUCAGGCCUCUGCUUGUUGUCGCGAAGUCACGACCAGCUGGUGUUUGAGGGAAGUCUCUCAGGUCAAAUGCAAGCAAGGAGUGAUGUAUAUUGACACGCUAUGUUCACCAAGAUCUUUAGUUGAAGCAAUUCAAGAUGCGUGUACUCUGUAGCGUUAGUCUAUAUCGUAAAGUUCAGGCCCGUGCCCAUUCCCAAGGGCGAGCAGCAAGCCAGGACCCAAUCAGAACAAUGAGGGUG